AAAGUUUAGAAUAAUAUAAAUGGCAUCAUGCACUCAUUGUAAACAAAAGUCCUCGCCGCUGAAGCUGCUGGAACGUCGAAAAAUAUCUAGUUUCUAAAAACGAGCAUAGACUACGAUUUAUGAAAAAUAGAAAAAAAGCGUUCUGUUAUAAAAUAAAGAGUCAAUAAUUUAUGAUUUUCAAAAUCUUUCGAUGAGAGAUUAUUAUUGAAUCUUUUGACAACAGUUAGUUAGUAUAUUUCUUUUAGAAUUGUUAGCUGAUUAAUUCUCUUGUAUGUGGAUGGCUGGAUCUAUUUAUUCUCAUCAAGAAGUGUAUGUAGAGACUGUUUUUGAAGAUACCAAAAAUGUCUGUGUGCUUUCAAGAGUCCAACUUAAGGAUUAUAACCCAACUCAGCAUGAUAUUAAAAGAAAAGAAGAGGAAGAAAUACCAUCUGAUGAUAAAGAGAUAAAUGGUAUAGAAUAUAAUUCAGUUGAAGAUUCUACUGAUUUAAAUAAUGAAUUUGAUCAAGAUUAUGAACCUGAUAUUCCAUUUGAAGGAGAGUUUGAAAAUGAUGUUGAGUUGAUGAAAAGUAUGGGGCUUCCGGUGAACUUUGGAAAUCAGAAUCGACGCCAUUACCAGAAGAAGAAAAUAUAUGAAGAUGAAUUUAACUACUCUGACUAUAAUAGUGAAUAUGAUCAUUAUAGUUCCAACAACUACGAAAAUGUAAACUGUGAUGCUGAUUGGAAUGAAUACUGGAAUCUGCACGGAGACACUAUACUAAUGAAUGCAUGGGUCCAAAAAUACAAGGACUACAUCAAUCCUGAUUAUCUUAACGAGCCUAACACUGAUCAAAUGUAUCCUGAGCAACCUGAUAAAUUUACAAAUAAUCAGCUUCAAGAUAAUGAGGCCGUGAUUGUUGAAAAUGGUGAAAUUAAUCCAGACAUUCUCGGUCGUAUGGAUUGUGAUGAAGAAACUGCAAUGUCUCAAAAGCGUGAUGAUACUGAGUUAGAAUUUUUAGAAGAGUUAAAAACACAAAAUAUUUUUACUGAAAGUCAAAUGAAAAAUUUUGAAAAUGAUCUUCCUUUACAAAAACCUGAAUAUGAUAACAUGUUUGCUUGUAAAGUUCCUCUUGAAGAUGUUUCCCUACCCACAAUGCCUUGCACAGAUGAUGGAUGGGAUGAACUCUGGUUACAACAUAGUAGAGAACUGUAUGAUCAUCAUUAUGAACUCUUUAAAGAUUCGCAUAUGGCUCAAAAAGAAAAGUCUAUUGAAAGGGGAUAUUCUGAAGAGAGCGGUAUUCUUGAAUCUUGUUCUAAUUGUAAGAAACCUGAUUGUUAUCUUUGUUCUUCUGUUGACAUUGGGGAAUGUGCUCUUCAGUUUGAAGAGUUAAACUUAAAUCCUGAUGAUGAUUUUUCUGACAUUGCUCCAGUUGUGCCAUCUGCUCCCAUUAGCAUUUCAAAUAAGCAAACUGAGAUUUUGCAUAAAAAUCAAAACAGCUUAGAAAGUGAUAUCUUUUCUAGCUUACCAGCUUUAGAUGAUUCCACAUUUUCUAAGCCUUUUUCUUCUGUAGGUGAAGUGUUAAAACCAGUUGAAGAGAUUACUUUUGAGCAAAUGGAUAAAAGUGAUGAUGAACCUCCUACUGAAAUGCCUAUUAAAAUUAAAAGAAGGUUGUCUCUUGAUGACAAUGAAUCAGUUGAAGGUGUGAUAGAUGUAAAUCCUAUAGAUCAAGUCACAGAUUUAGGCUUUAUGAUGAAACCAACUUGUAUCAAAAUAGACAAGAUUCAUGGAGUUAAGAAGUCUCGGAAAAGACAAAGGAGAAAAAAAUGUCCUUUUAAAAUGUUUAAUUCUAAUUCUGCAUCUUUAAUAGAGAAUAAAAGUGAAUUGGAUGCAGUUGAAAGCCUAAAUAAUGCCACAGAGGUACUUCCAGAAAUCCCAAAUGAAACAGAAGCAUCAAAUGUUAAUAAUAAUCCAGCUUAUAAAAAGUAUUGGUCACAAAGAUACAGAUUGUUUAGUCUAUUUGAUGAAGGGAUUAAGCUAGAUGAAGAAUCUUGGUUUUCUGUUACUCCUGAAAAAAUUGCUGCUCAUAUUGCUGAGCGAUGUUCCUGUGAUAUUAUUGUGGAUGCUUUCUGUGGAGCUGGAGGCAAUUCUAUUCAAUUUGCACAAACUUGUUAUCAUGUUAUAGCAAUUGACAUUGAUCCAAAGAAAAUUGAAUUAGCUAAAAAUAAUGCCAAAGUGUAUGGUGUUGAUCAACAUAUAGAUUUUAUUGUGGGUGAUUUCUUUGACCUUGCACCUUCAUUGAAAGCUGAUGUCGUUUUCUUAAGCCCUCCUUGGGGUGGUCCAAAGUAUUUACAAAGCAAGGAGUUUGAUAUAAAUCGAAUUGAGCCAGAUAUUUAUAAAACAUUUGAAGCAAGUAAAAAAAUAACUCACAACAUUGCUCUCUUUGUGCCAAGAACUACUGUAGUAAAUCAGUUGGUCCAACUUGCUGGCGAUGGCAAACAAGUCGAAGUCGAACAAAAUGCGGUUAAUAAGAAAGUUAAAACAAUCACUGCUUAUUAUGGAGAUUUAGUGCUAACGGAGGAAACUGAAGAUGCUUAAAAAAAUUUUUAUUAUUGAAAUGUUAAAUAAGAGUGAAGCACAUUGUAAUUAAACAUUUGAAUUCUGUUUUUAUUGAAGUCAUUUUUUUAUGUUAA